UGGGAGGGGGUGUGGCUCUGAAAGAGGCGGUGCUACAGUACUAUAUGAAGGACCCCAUGUAUAUUUACUUGAAUACAAUCUCCUGUCCAAGCCAAACACAGGUCGUAUGUGUAUGAGGCUGCUUUGGUGAAGCGUCACGUUGCGAGCAAAUAGGAUGUCUUUACAGCUCACACCUGGAACAAGGAAGCACUGAGAGUUUUUUUAUUUUUAUUUUUUUUAUUACAUAUUUUUUGUUCUUUUCCUGCUGUUUCAGAAACAAAGCCGUUAUUUCCUUGUGUUACUUUAUAGGGAUGUCAUUGGAAUAUGCGCUUUUGGCUCAAUAAUCGGAUUUAGUUUGGGAGCUGUAGUGCAACCUGUGCAGGCAGGAAGCUAAUAUUUAGCACUACAUAUAUUGCACUUUUUUUUCUAGAUCUGCUCACCUUUUUGUCACAAGUUGCUGACGGCGAAAUAACUUUCCUCAUCAGAUAAGUGCGGCACGUCUUACGUGGUUUUACGCACACACGAUACGCUUGAGCUCCAGUCGAGACAAGCUUAAACUGGUGUGUGCUGCAUAAGAAGAUUAAAAUAUAACCCAAAAUAUAAACCUCCAGCCAUCAAAAUGACGGACGGUGCAAGACAGAGGAGCAGCACGUCGAGCUCUGCAAAGGAUGCUGCCGCUGAGGAGUCGGGAGGUGGAGUGGCGCUCAAGAAGGAAAUCGGACUUGUGAGCGCCUGCGGAAUCAUCGUUGGUAACAUUAUCGGCUCAGGUAUCUUUGUCAGUCCGAAGGGAGUGAUGGAGAAUGCCAGCUCCGUGGGCGUGGCCCUCAUCGUCUGGAUCGUCACGGGGGUCAUCACGGCCAUCGGGGCGCUGUGCUACGCCGAGCUGGGCGUCACCAUCCCCAAAUCGGGAGGAGACUACUCCUACGUCAAGGACAUCUUCGGAGGGUUGGCAGGGUUCCUGCGUCUUUGGAUCGCCGUGCUGGUGAUCUACCCUACCAAUCAGGCCGUGAUCGCGCUGACGUUCUCCAACUACGUCCUGCAGCCCCUCUUCCCCACCUGCUUCCCGCCCGAGAGCGGCCUGCGUCUGCUGGCUGCCGUUUGCCUCUUGCUGUUGACCUGGGUGAACUGCUCCAGUGUGAGGUGGGCCACCAGAGUGCAGGACAUCUUCACCGCCGGCAAGCUGCUGGCCCUCGCCCUCAUCAUCAUCAUGGGUUUCGUGCAGAUCUGCAAGGGAGAGUACUACUGGUUGGAGCCAGCCAAUGCCUUCGAGCCUUUCCAGGAGUAUGAUGUGGGUUUGAUAGCGUUAGCCUUCCUACAAGGCUCCUUUGCCUACGGAGGGUGGAACUUCCUGAACUACGUCACAGAGGAGCUGGUGGACCCCUAUGUAAAUCUUCCCCGCGCCAUCUUCAUCUCCAUCCCCCUGGUGACCUUCGUUUACGUCUUUGCCAACAUCGCCUACGUCACGGCCAUGAGUCCCGCGGAGCUGCUCGCCUCAAAUGCUGUUGCCGUGACGUUUGGUGAGAAGCUGCUGGGAGUCAUGUCGUGGAUCAUGCCCAUCUCUGUGGCUCUCUCCACCUUCGGAGGAGUCAACGGUUCCCUCUUCACCUCUUCAAGAUUGUUCUUCGCUGGAGCCAGAGAGGGCCACCUCCCCAGUCUGCUGGCCAUGAUCCAUGUGAAACGCUGCACUCCCAUCCCUGCUUUGCUCUUCACUUGCCUGUCAACCCUGCUUAUGCUGUGCACCAGUGACAUGUACACCCUCAUCAAUUAUGUGGGCUUCAUCAACUACCUCUUCUACGGAGUCACUGUUGCCGGGCAGAUUGUCCUGCGAUUCACACAGCCCAACAUGCACCGACCAAUCAAGAUCAGCCUAAUCUGGCCGGUUAUUUACCUCGUCUUCUGGGCCUUCCUGCUCAUCUUCUCUCUUUAUUCCGAACCCGUUGUGUGUGGCAUCGGCCUGGCCAUCAUGCUGACUGGCGUCCCCGUCUAUUUCCUGGGAGUCUACUGGGACAAAAAGCCACAGUGCUUUGAUACCUUUGUUGAUAAGAUGACAUACUUGGGCCAGAAGUUCUGCGUAGUUGUUUACCCUGCCAUGGGUAAAAGUAUUGCGAGCGGAGAGGAAGGAGAGGAAAUGAAGGAAGCCAGGUCUCCUCUGUCCAAGGAGGAUGGAGACAACCACAAAUCAGAGGACUGCUAAAGUCUUUAUCUCCCACCUGCCCCAGAUAAACAGACAUUUGCAGACGCAUUCGUGUGUGUGUGUGUGCGUGCAUACACAAACACACACGCAGACAUACACUACAUAUAGUGGGUUUACUGAUCAACACGUUGUCUUUAAUAUUUGGUUUUGUACCAAUCAAUCAUUUUGUGCCAAAUAUAACAUGAGGUAUUUAGAGUGUUUUGACCUCAAACUUUUCUGUCUGCGGGUCCUUCAAAAGUGCAAUAAAGAAAGGUUAGCACCUUACAACUCCUCAAUACAUGCUUAAACACACAUUUGUUUUCAUCAUCAUCAUCAUCAUCAUCAUCAUCCCACUUCUUCUUUCCACACUCCCGGCACACUCCUACUGUAAGAGCAUCAUAUAUUUUUAUUUUUUAUCAAAAGACUCUUACUCCACUGUGAUGGCUAAGAAAAAAACCUACUUUUUUUUUUCAGGGUUUUGUUCUUUUUUUUUUGCCACAUUGUAAAUGUUGCUCCGUCAUCCAUUGAACACACCAAAGCUGUAUUUUUAAUUGUCAAAGCAGAAAAUCAGAUUCAGAUCAAGUCAUUUCAUGUUGUGAAGUGCAGUAAGUGCAGUGUUUCGUUUUUUAAAGUGACUUUGAUUCCGAAUAGUUUCUUCUUCUCUUUUUUGUAAUUGUGAUCAUUGUUUGUAUCAGAUGUUCUUAUGUUAGUUUUAAUAUGUUAAUUUUGUUGAUAUUCUUUUUUUUUUCUAUUCAACAUCAUAUAGAUUUGGGCCUAUUUUUUGUACUCUUGUGGAGGUGUACACCUGAAAGCUGAUGUGUGAUCUGUACAUUGUAUUUGUUCAUGGUGCACAGGUUUUUUUAAUUGCCUUAAUUAGAACAUAGACAUGACAUGUAAAGAUGGAUUAUUCUCAUACCUGAGGGUAGUUCUUCAUGUUUAUGGAAGUAACAAAAAUGUGGAAUUAUGUACGGCCACUACACUGAUAAUUUACCCGUUCCAACUGCAACUCUAGCAAGGAAAAAGACAACAAGAAAGAAUAAAUAGGCAAGACAUGAUAUUGUUCACUGACACAUUUGAGUGGUUAAUGUGAAAUCCCUACACCGACACAUGUGAAUGCCUGCGUGAAUAUCAGUUUAAAAGAGGCAUCGAUUGUCUUAUGGAAGAAGUGUUUGUGUAGCUUGCCACUUAGCUGCGUUUAAAUCCUUUUUAUUUAGCAUUGCUUAUUAGAGCUUUACAUACGAAUUUUUUUAAUUCAUAUAAUCCACUAAGAGAUUUUAGUGCAAUAUUAAUAUAGGGAGCACCAGCAGAGACUAAACGCACCCCUGAAUGAACCCAUUCUGUGUUGUCUGGUGAUUAUGUAUCUUUACUUAUGCUUUAUAUUAUAGUUCCAACACACCUAAACACGUCAUGUACUCUUGUGUCUUCAGACUGUAAUCUGUUAAGUGUCUCAGGGCGUCCCCACUGCCUUCUGCUUUAAAUCCACUGCCUAAAAACCUCCGGACCGUAAAAAACUUAACAGACCUAACUGAAUAAAAUCCAGUCUGUUAGUGCUACAUAUGUGUACUGGUGCGUUUAGAUAUUUAUUUCCUCAGGAGUCUUAAUUUUACAACCAAAUCCCCCCCCCAAAAAGUAAUAUGAAUAAUCAUGUCAGAAAAGAUGUAUCAAGAACGUGUCGUUAAAGUUGGGCCAGUAUUGUGUAGGUUUCUCUUGUUGAACUGUGAGGAGAACAGGGUGUCUCUACAAGGACAAGGAUUGUGUUUGUGCCUGUAUUGUGUAUUAACAGUAUACACAGAUGUCAUGACAGUCUGUAUAUUGUCUCUUAGUAAAUAAAAACCACUGACUACGUUUUGAA